UGCUAUUCAACGAAGAAGACGCGAUCGCGAAUUUCAGGAUGGAUCGCUGGUACCGGUUGGACGAGACGAGUGUAUCUGGAAAUCGUGGCGAGGAUUCGAUCAGUUCCUCGCGAGAAGGACGGUCUGUUACUUUUCAAGACUGGCUUUACAGUUGUUUCAGUUACCAGCGUACCGGAUCCUGAGUUCAUUGAUGAAAUAGGAAAUAUCACAGUGCCAGCAGGACGUACUGUAAAAUUAGCCUGCAGUGUCAAGGACUUGGGCCCAUACAAGGUGGCCUGGAUGCUUUUCGACAAGAGCGCUAUCCUGACAGUACAAAGUCACGUUAUUACCAGGAACCCCAGGAUAUCCGUGACACAUGAUAAGCAUAGGACCUGGUUCCUACAUAUCAAAGAUGUACGGGAGGACGACAAGGGAAAGUACAUGUGCCAGAUUAAUACAGCGACCGCGAAAACACAAUAUGGCUAUCUGCACGUCGUAGUGCCUCCAAAUAUAGAGGACUAUCAGUCCUCGUCAGAUGUCAUUGUGAGAGAAGGUGCGAAUGUGAGUCUAACGUGCAAAGCGACUGGAAGUCCUAAACCAGCUAUAAGCUGGAAAAGAGACGAUAGUUCAAAGAUCUCAAUUAACAAAACGUAUUCUGUAUUGGAGUGGAAAGGCGAGACGCUGGAAAUCACACGGAUCUCAAGAUUGGACAUGGGCGUUUAUUUAUGCAUCGCAACGAAUGGCGUCCCUCCGACUGUGAGCAAACAGAUCAAAGUUUCCGUCGACUGUAAUAUAUUAGGUCAUCCCAUAAGUUCGUGCCGACUUUUGUGUAUACAUUUCAUGUGUCGAUCUAUAAACAUACUGCGAUAAGGGACCAA